CAAAAGGCGGUUCUCUCAAAAACUUCUCAAAAACCUUUAGGAAAUGUUAAGAGAAUUUCCCUCCAAAACGCAGCCAACCUCUUCAAGGGAUAUCACCACAGAGCUGUUAGUAGGCCGAGAGGGUCCUAAAGAGCUGUUUGGCUUUGUUAGUUUACAAGUCAUAUUUUUUUCGGCCUUCAGCUCAAAUCUUCCUGCUUAACUAAUUAGGGAAGAGGAUGGGGGACCAUUUUUUCCCUUGCAUGCCCCUGCCUUCCUUAGAAGCCAUUGGCAUUGUGUUUAGGGGACUCUGCUGUUUAAUCGGCAGGUUUCAAAAAUGAAAAGCCCACAAAACCUGACACGGGGGUGGCCAUACUGUGUGUAAUGUGAGCAGGAGCUGAAGUGAUUUAGAAAUGGUUGAAUGAGGGGGUGGGAUCAGCUAAGGUUGAAACCAGUGGGAAAAGGAAGCUAAGAAGAGUCACAGAGUCAUCAUGGAAGAGAUCUGGCCACUGUCGUUUUUGUGCAAUAUGUUGUUUGCAAGCAGCCCACUGGCAGUGCAGACUACUGGAGAACUAAAUCCACACCACAGAUGUGAAAACAACAACCCCAAAAGAUGCACCAUUGAAGAAAAGCUUUGGUUUGGUGAGAAUGAAGGAGACAAGGUUUUGGAUGUGAGAUAUAACCCCAUAUAUCCCGAUGCUUAUGCAGAAAAUAUGACAACUUAUCAGAAUGGCUGUGGAAACGGCACCUCUGUUACCUGUAUGGUGGUGGAUAAUAAGGAAUCGAAGCACUGCAAUACCUCCUUAGGUCAGAGUGGUGACCCAAGUCACAGCUAUGAAAAUGAAGGCCAGGAUGAUAAAGUCAGCCCUUCCAAACUCAUGCACUUUUUCUCCACUCCUCGGAAAAGAUCUGGCUCCAAUGUGGAAAGGCCUCGUUCUCUGAUAGUCAUGGGGAACCCCUCAACAUGGAAUGCCCUGUCUUCCAUUAGGAAAAUAGGAUCUUUCAAGAAGUUAAAAUCCUCCGUUCUCCCAGGAAUGCCAGCCAAGGAAGACUCUGACACCUUAAAUGAUAGCGUGUUGGAAAAUAAUAUCAGAAAGCGUGUCCCAAACAAUAUGUUGGUGAGAGUUCAAACAAACAGGUAUUCUUAUUCAGGGCCACUACAUGACUCGCAAAGCACAACAGACAAUGCUUUUGUUUCUGAUCAUUCUGACGGGGAGGAAGGUGAUGAUUCCUUCCUGAGGAACACUCGCAGGUCACGCAGCAUCAGGCGUGCCUAUGGGAUUGGCCGUAUAAAUUUAUUAGACACCGAUAAAAUCCAGGGCCAUCAGGACACUACCAGGACAGUAUCCCCUGUCAUACAGGAGGCCCAGAUUUGCGAAAUAGUAGUGAAAGAUUCUGAAAGCAGCAAAGUCAUCUACCGGAGGAGCAAAAGCACAGAUAACCUGAACUUCCUGAAAAAGAGCUCAUUCAAAAGGAAGUCGACCUCAAACCUCACCGACCUCAAAGUAGUGAACGAAAAGCAGACUCCACAGAGAACAACAAGUAUUUCUUCAGCGGACUCUGACAAAGCCAGCAGGAACUCGGAGCGCCAGUCGAAACGCUGGAAGAGCCCAAUCAGGGCGAAGGAUUUCGACAGAGUUUUGAAACUUGUCAGCAACGUUGCUGACGUUGCGUUGAAGAAAGAGGGUCCCAGGAACGAAAUCCCAUCCUCUAAUGAGCCGAACCAGAGGACUAGAUCAAACAGUCGGCUGCAUGAUGAUUACUCACGUCGGGUUUCCAGCAACACUGAGAAAGACAGGCGGAGGUGUGCCCCACCCAGGAGCAGCCCAGACUCUACCGUUUCCACAUCGAGUGUCCAGAGUUCUGAGGAUGACAAUGUUGCGGCUAAUACAUUAACCCCUGAAGGCAGCGGUCUCAGGAUGUCGUCCUGUGACCUUCCAGAUUCGGUGUCUUCGCCGCCUCCACUUCAGGACGUUGGGACAAUCGCGAACGAAGUGUUUUACGAAGACUCUGAUGAGCCAAGAAGUUCUCGCCAGUUUACAUGCAGCAGCACUGAGCAUCCUGCCUCCCCUGCCAGACCCGUCAUCCCCAAGCCUCAGAGCCCUUGUGCCGAAAACCUCAAGUGCAAUAUGGAUUUCCGUUGUCCUGACAGGAACAGCACCUUGUCACUCAGCUCCAUGGAAAGCGAGGGAAGAGGGGAUGGGCCUUCUGCCAAGCUAGGGAAGAGCCCUGUUUGCUUCCAGGAUUCGGUGCAAGCUGUGUUCUUUGACGACACAAAUGAAGACAGUGGCAUCAGCAGCCACUCUCAGCUGAGUCUCAAUUUAGCUGUGAGUGUUGAUGAAAAGAAGGAGGAGGUUGUUACUGAUGAUCACUGGAAGAAGGCCCCAUACCAGGAUGAAGACAGGACAGACACUCAAAAGGUCACACCCAGAAGAUGGGGCUCUGGAAAAAGAUCGCGCCCUCGGCCCCUCUCAGAUUACGGCCAGUUGGCAAUUAGGAGUUUCUCAAUACCAGAAGAUUCCGUUGCUAUGGAGUCUCAGAAAAUGGAUUGUGUGGAUGCUGACACUGAGCCCGGAUCGCCUUCUGCUGCGCCGGGAACCUGUAUGGUAGCCAGUCAAAGAGCGCGCAAAAGAAGACCCAUCUCUGUCAUUGGUGGGGCCAAUUUCUAUGAGAACCAAACAGAAGAAAUAACAGACCUCCUCACACAACCAGUUGCACGCCCUCCGGUACCAGCACAUCAGGUUCCUCCUUAUAAAGCUGUCUCAGCCAGAUUCCGCCCCUUUACCUUUUCUCAAAGUACACCCAUCGGUCUGGAUAGAGUUGGAUGUAAGCGGCAAAUGAGAGCAUCCAAUGGUGCUACUGAUGGAGGUACUGAAUCUUCUGCCUUAGUGGAUGAUAAUGGUAGCGAGGAGGAUUACAGCUAUGAGGACCUCUGCCAAGCCAGCCCUAGGUACUUGCAGCCCGGAGGGGAGCAGCUAGCCAUUAAUGAGCUGAUAAGCGAUGGGAGCAUGGUCUAUGCAGAGGCACUCUGGGAUCACGUGACCAUGGAUGACCAGGAAUUGGCCUUCAAAGCCGGGGACGUCAUCCAAGUCCUUGAGGCUUCCAACAAGGAUUGGUGGUGGGGCAGAAAUGAGGAGAAGGAAGCCUGGUUUCCGGCAAGCUUCGUCAGGCUGCGGGUCAACCAGGAAGAACUUGCAGAAAAUGGUGGCAGCCUCCAAGAUGAAGAACCCAAUGCAGACCCUGAGAAGCACCGCCAAAAAAUUGCUGAAAACAAGGAUCAGAUGAGAACAAACGUGAUUCAGGAAAUAAUGAACACGGAGCGGAUCUAUAUCAAACAUCUCAAGGACAUCUGUGAAGGGUACAUUCGGCAGUGUCGGAAACAUACAGGAAUGUUCACUGGGGCCCAGUUGAGCACCAUAUUUGGAAAUAUUGAAGACAUUUACAAAUUCCAAAGAAAGUUCUUGAAGGAUCUAGAGAGGCAAUACAACAAAGAAGAGCCCCAUUUGAGUGAAAUAGGAUCCUGCUUUCUUCAGCAUCAAGAAGGCUUUGCUAUCUACUCUGAGUACUGCAACAAUCAUCCCAGUGCCUGCAUUGAGAUGUCUAACCUGAUGAAGCAGGGCAAGUACCGCCACUUCUUUGAGGCUUGUCGCCUGCUUCAGCAAAUGAUUGACAUCGCCAUUGAUGGUUUCCUUCUCACGCCUGUUCAGAAAAUCUGUAAAUAUCCCCUGCAGCUUGCAGAAUUACUCAAGUACACCACUCAGGAACAUAGCGACUAUAAUGAUAUAAAGGCAGCAUAUGAAGCCAUGAAGAACGUAGCCUGCCUGAUCAAUGAACGCAAGCGAAGGCUAGAAAGCAUAGACAAGAUGGCCCGCUGGCAAGUGUCCAUUGUCAACUGGGAGGGGCAAGACAUUUUAGGCAGAAGCUCAGAACUAAUCCACUCAGGAGAGCUGACCAAAAUCUCCAAGCAAGGCAAGAGCCAGCAAAGGACUUUCUUUCUCUUUGACCACCAGCUUGUGUUCUGUAAGAAAGAUCUCUUGAGAAGGGACAUGCUGUACUACAAGGGCCGGGUGGACAUGGAUGAGUUUGAAGUGCUGGACAUUGAGGACGGUAGAGAAAAGGACUUCAAUAUCAAUGUCAAAAAUGCUUUCAAAAUUGUAAAUAGUGCCACAGAAGAAGUCCAUCUAUUUUGUGGGAAAAAGCCAGGGGACAAGAAGAGGUGGCUGGAGGCCUUUGCAAAUGAGAGGAGGCGAGUGCAAGAAGACAAAGAAAUGGGAAUGGAGAUCUCAGAAAACCAAAAGAAACAAGCCAUGCAAAAUGCACGGAAGUCAAGACAUGGAAAGAUGAAAGGUGUCGGAUACAGUGGGUGCCCGAUGCCGCCCCCUCACCAGAGUUUACAUCCUAUCCACCAGCGUCACAUCACGGUGCCCACUAGCAUCCCACAACAGCAGGUCUUUGCCCUGGCAGAACCAAAACGGAAGCCCUCUAUUUUUUGGCACACUUUUAACAAGCUGACCCCAUUCAAGAAAUGAGUGGCUGGAAGAUCCCUGGACUAUAGAAGGUUACAAGGCGAAGGAAGAGCCACUUGCCGUCAAAGAAUUGGUUGGUCCAGCCGGAAAACUCUGGAGAGAAGGAGUCCUGAUCUUCCUCUGCUUCAGCGAGAAGGACUUGCCGGCAGUUUAGUGGAGAAGGCUGUGGCUUGAUGUGAAGCAAAUGUUGACUUGUGUCAAUAAACAUUGCUGAAUGAGAAACCCACCACUUGGUCGCAAGGGCAGAAUUGCUGCUACUCUUGAACGGCGGUGCAGGGUUGUUGUACUUGCACCAAAGGAAUGGUUUAAAUAUCUUAGGUCAUUUUGCCUGUCUUAAUAAUAAAUUCAUGGCCAAAUUUAGAAAUAGGAAGGAUAGUAUCCAACCACCUCCCACUGGCGCAGCAUGUGGAAAAAAAGAGGUACCAUCUUCUGUGUGAGCACCAAGCAGGCGUAUGGAUCUCUGGGAUCAAGUUAGCUGCCACUGCAAGAACUGCUGAGCCUCCGUCCUUCCUAUUUCUCUUAUUUCACUGUCCUUAUUUCUUGUUAAUUUAACCAAGUAGGAGUAGGACUUCCUGCAAGGCCUUAGCAUCUUCCUGGCAAAAAUGGGAGAAAAUGUUCACUUGGUGACAUAAAUAGAUAAACAUGCAUUUUUACGUGCUGUUGCAAAUGACGAAGGAAGAGCCCAAUGCAUCUUGGGUGGAUCCUUAUGAAAAGCGGUACUUUGCUGCAUGCAUUGAAUGCACUUCAAGAAACUGGUUUUGUUUUAUUUUGUUACCUGCUGCUGUUUUAGCCUGUGAAAAUUGCCUCUGUGCUUUCCAGUAUGCCUGCUUUUUACACUAUGAGAAACUGAAGUGUUCUCUGUUCUUAAUGGCGCCAAUGCAACUAAUGAAUAAGAGAAACAGAAAUCCAGUUGUUAACUCAAAGGAGAUUUUUGUCACUCUCCUAUAAAUCGGGCAGAGAAUCUCUAGUCCUUGAGUGGUUGCUGGACUUCAGCACCCACAAUCCCUGACCACUGGCCAUUCUGGCUGGGGCUGGUGGAUGUUGGGAGUCUACUAACAUCUGGAGGGCCACAGGUUCCCCACCCCUGCAGUUAAUAUAGAAUCAUUCCAGCUGGUUUCUGUGACUCCUAGAAAAACCUUCAGAAUAUCUCCAAAAUGCUGUUGAUUUCAUUAUUCUUGCCUACAUCAGCCAAGCCAAGAGGGUCGUUCAGGGAUUGUUUCUUUGCAGUCACAAUGAUCCCACACAAGGGAACAUUUAAUGGCAUCAGAAAUGAACUUUGAUCAAAACUCAGGUCAAAUGUGGCCGGUUUAUGGCUUAUUAAAAUUAUGUUUUCUUGUUUUGCUUUGCUUUGUUCUGUGAAUAUGAAGCUGCUUUUAAUACAGCAUUUACAGAAUAUUCUACCCGAAAAAGCUGUUAUAAAUGGAAGUUUAUGGCACACACUACUAUUUCCCUAUCUCAGUAGUUCUAUAUUAAUGCAACUUUAGCCUAAGUAUUAUCGACUCAGUAGUGGGACAGUUCUAUUUCAAAGGUUGUUUUUCAAAAGAUAUCCAGUCUAUCCAAUUGCCAGUUAUGUUGAUGUCCAGAACUUUAUCUGAUAAUGAAGGUUGAUUCAGGAUUUUUAAAAGUUAUUUAUUUUUACUGUGAAUACAACUUGAGGCGGAGGAAGAGAAAGGGGGUAAAUCUGUUAAAAUAUAUGAAGGACAAUGGGCUACAGCCAAGGUUAUUUAACUACAGGGUGAAAUAUAAAGCCUUUGGCUGACAUCCUAAGCAUAUUUACUAGAAAGUAAAUCAGUUGACCUUACCUCUCGGUAGAUGUGGUUAGGAGUAGGCGAUUUAUUAACUUCCCAGUUUUCUCUCUCUUGCUCCCUGCCACCAGCACACAGAGCAUAUAGACUCUGGCAAAAGUGUGUCACCUUUAAACCCCAUUAAUUUCAAUGGGAAUGCUUAAAACACAUGCAUUGAAUUCAGUGAGACUCAGGUGUUUGGCAAGGGUGUAUGUUGUUAAAAAAAGAUUGUUUAAUUGAAGUGCAGGCAUCUGGGAGGGCUGCAGAGUGCAAACCAUUGGAGAGAUGAUUUGUAGGAUGAAUGAAAGGGCACUUGCAAACACCCCUUGAUUAGUUCAAAAGUUAGAUAAGCACAACAGAAACUGUCAGGCAGUCACGGACCUGGGCAUCUCAAAUUUUAGUGGCACCCUGUGUGAGUCCAAAAUCCUGCACCCCCUGCCUCUUACUUUCCGAUGGACUUUAUAGUCGCGACACCUGCUACAGUGGUCCAGAAACUCCGUGCCCAGGGCAGCCAUACCAGUCAUACUUCCUUAGAUCUGCCUUUGAUACUGGGUAAAUUUUUGGCAUGGCACUGGGUAAAUUAAGUUCUUGUACCUGCAUUUACCAUCUUUUUGAAAAUGGAUCUUUUAUUAACAGGCGAGUGGAAGUAGCACAUCGAAGACUGUCGUGUUAGAUAUGCCUUCUGUACAUAGCUUAGCAAUGAUUGUAAAAAGACACUGGUGCUAAACUGGAUUGCCCAGCAUGCUGUGAACCUCAUUGCUUGCAUUUCAAUAAUAUUCUUUUCCUGUCCCCAAAUGAAAUAGUUGAGAACUGGAUAUAUGGAAUUACAGACUGGCAUUUUAGUCAUAGCGGUUGUUAAAGUAUUUUUAAAAAAUCAUUUCAACUGAGACAAAAACAACUGUCUUGAUAGCCCACCUGAUUUGUAGUCACCUGCUUUGCAAGUUGAUUUUUGAAGGCACAGCCUCCCUUCCCCAGAUGGGUGGGGUAUAAAAAAUAAUAAUAAUUAUUACAUUAUAUUGUUCCAUUCACUCUGAAAAUGUGGCAUAAAAUUAUUUUCAACAACUGGAACAAGCAGCAAAACAUUGCAAUGCAUUCUUCUAUUGUAGCUGGAGGGUGUUAGCCAGCCAUGCAGCAAUACCUUCCAUUCCCUCCUCCCAACCUCCAGUUUUCCAGUUUUCUUUUCCAACUGACAGCACUCUGCAGCUACUGCUCAGUCCUCAAUGGGCUGUUUCUCAGCGGUGUUGUCCCCUUAGGUUUAUGAGUUUAAAAAAAUCUAUUUUGGGUACUUCUCCUUACCCCAGAGCUUCCCCAAGCAUGCUGCCACCUCUCUCUAGUUUUUCAGUGGUCCUGUUUUGGCCACUGUGCCUGCACCAGGGUUGAUUACAGUUUUAAAACCUUUUCACAUUUAUCAUUGCACGACCACAAAACUUGAGAAAGCUGGAUGGACCCACUCACAUGGCUGUGUCUGCCAUAGUCUAGGUGCCUAUGCCGUGAUAACAAAGAAUUUGUUCAGACUGUUGUUCAGUGUUGUAGUCCUGUGACCCUGUGGGUAUAGAAAGCAGGGUAAAAUAGAACGGUGGUCGCCAAGGUCUAUUCUCUGCUCCUGUUGAAGUGCUGCUGCUGUUGUCUGCUCUCUGCCAGAACCAGGCAAUUUGCAUCAAUGCUUCUGCCACUCCCCCCAGCCCCCUUCCUGGCCUAUGGAGCAUAAAAAGAGCUUUGCUGCAUGAGGCAGCUUCUCUAGUCAGGCACCUUGCUUUUCACAGUGGCCAACCAGAUGACUAUAGGAAGCUCACAAGCUGGACAUAAAUGCAAUAGCAACUGGUACCCAGAGGCAUACCACCUCUGAUACUGGACGUAUUGUAGCCAUUGCAGCUAGCAACCAUUGAUAGCUUUAUCCUCCAUGAAUGUGUCUAAUCCCCCUUUUUAAGCCAUCCAUGUUGGCGGCCCUCAAUACUGCUGGUGGAAGGGAAUUCCCCAGCUUGAGAAUGCACUGUGAAGAAGUAUUUCCUCUUGUCUGACUUGAUUCUCCCCUUAUUUCACUGCAUUGAAUGACUCUAGCUUCUACAACAGCAGGGAAUAGAAGCCCAGGAGAUUCUCCAGGUGUUGCUAGAUACGUUUGACCCUCCCACUGACACAAAUUGCCUGGCUGACAAGUGUACCUUCAUUAUGGCAGCCUGAUAGGAGACAGAAGGAUGAGAAUGGACCGCUAUAGCUGACACUCAUUGCCCUCAUACCUGCAGAAUUGUGCCCAGGGAACACUGCUGUUUUAGCACUGGAAUGGAGCAGAAUGCUUUGGAUUUGCUUGUAGAUGCACUGAUGUUACUCCCUUCAGGAAACUCAAAACAUUACAAAGAGAGGGAAAUGUUUAUCAUUAUUCAGGUUACUCAGGAACAAUGUUGUGUACAGUACCUUGCACACCAAAGCCGCUUUAUUUAACAAACCUCUUCACCUUGACCCCUUUUUGCAGCCAAAUUUUGCUUUGCGUGAAGGUGGUAGUGGUUGCAGCAUAUUAAGACUGUGGGGCUGCUUUAAUAUUAAUAAUUUUGUUUAGAAUGUUUUGACUUUGGAAAAUACGAAGGCUGGAAGAAUAGAUUGGGCUUAAGGUAAAGGUAAAGGGACCCCUGACAAUUAAGUCGAGUCGCAAACGACUCUGGGGUUGUGAUUAAACAUGCUCUCAAAUUAUCCUGGAAAUUCAGUGGGUGGAAUCCAAUGGAGCACUAAGGAGAUUGUUCUGUCACAGCAAGCAUCUUUGCUUGCCCAAUGGAACAAUAUCCCCUCCCCCUCCACACUGUUGGCAGGGGUGUUUCCUGACCCUCCAGAGCAGAUUUGGGGAAGGAGGGAAUCCUCAUUGUGCUAGUGGGAGUCUUCGCACUGGCUACUGCUAGCGGAAUGGGUUUGCUAAAUCAGACCUUAUAUAAUUGCGCAGCCCAAAAUCCAAAGAGCCAUUUCAGACCAGUCCAAAGGCUUGAUCUCACUCAGUGGGCUUUAUUCCGUUUUACACUAUUUCUUUUAAGAACUGAUUUAUCACAGCAGACAUCUGCAACUGGGUCAAAAGUUGUUUUUCCAAUUUCACCCUAGUGACCUGCUAUUUAUGAAAUACAGUGGUACCUCAGGUUACAUACGCUUCAGGUUACAUACGCUUCAGGUUACAGGCUCCGCUAACCCAGAAAUAGUGCUUCAGGUUAAGAACUUUGCUUCAGGAGGAGAACAGAAAUCGGGCUCUGGCGGCGUGGCAGCAGCAGGAGGCCCCAUUAGUUAAAGUGGUGCUUCAGGUUAAGAACAGUUUCAGGUUAAGAAUGGACCUCCGAAACGAAUUAAGUACUUAACCUGAGGUACCACUGUACAGGACCAAAAUAGAUCAGAGGUGGGGAAUCUCUCACCCUCCACAAUGGUGCUGGACUCCAAACUCUCCAUCUUCCCUGCCCAUUCGCCAUGCUGGUUCAGGCUGAUGGAACUUGGGGUCUAACAAUGUUUGGAAGACCACAAGCUCCCCCAUCAUUGCUUUUAGUUCCUGGCCUGGGUCUGUAGGAAAGUGGGCUUUAAGAAUACAGUAUUGUUUUUGCAGGUCACCAUAAGCUGACCUUGAGCUUCAUCAAAUUAAUGUCCCUUUAAAUAACAUUGUUGAGUUUAAAUUUGCAUAACACCCCCACCCCAAUCUAAACCGAACUGCUGUUAAUUUCUACUGCAAUGCUUGUAAGUGUUUGUUUUUUUGUCAUGUUCUCAUAUGACCACUGAUUAUGAGGUUCCUCACAAUGCUAAAGCACAGCAUUUGUGCAAAUAACCCUCAAAGCACACUUUUCCUUGUCUCUACUGGACUAAACUAGCGCCAAACUCUUAAUUCUCUGGCUUGCUGCUAGCAUCUUUUAGCAAAUAAAUAAUCUAGGUUUUACAGUGGCUUGUGUUUCAAUAUACAAAAGUGAAGGAGCUUAACUGAAACUUUUCGCAUUUUUUUGCGCGGGGCAUUCUUUUUACUUUUUGAAUAUAUUGUAGAUUUUAGCUUGUAGUUUGAGCCAAAGGACCUUAGCCAUAAAUAAAUGGUAUAUUUCUGUUGACUGCCUUUUCUUUCUCAAUGUAUAUUUGCAUAUUAAAGACACCUUCUGAAUGAUUCUGUGAUUUAACUUUGUUGAUAAAUAUUAGGCCUGCUUGUUCAACUUGCUUGUAUAUUUUGACAAGUGUUCUCUAACAAUUCCCCGCCUUCUGUAUAUGUUCUUAUGCAUCUUAACAGCUCUGUGCUGCUACAUAUGUUUCAAGCCAGAAUUCCUGGCUUCAGAAAAAAAAAAUUACUUGGCUGUUGACAGCUAAAGGUAUAAUGUAUAGGAUCUCUUUACCUUCAUAUGUUGUUUGCUGUAUCAUUUGUUGCCAGAUUUAUUUGCAUUCUGUAUGUUUUAUAUCUUUUUAAAAAAUAUCUUCUGGGAAUGAAUCUACAAACGUACAUUCCUUGUACCUUGCUCUAACUUUAUAUGUUUUGAUUAAGAAUGUGCAUAACUUAACAUUUCUCAGCUGUGUCUUACAUAAUUUCAACUGUACAGUUUCAAUGUUUGUGACUUGUUCAUAGCAUAUAAAAUAUUGUAUGUGAGCUUUAAAUAUUUGAACAUUA